AUGGGCAAGAAGAUUCUCGUCGUCCUCACCAGUGCUGACAGGAUUGUCAAGCUAGACAAGCCCACGGGCUGGUACCUCCCGGAGCUCGCUCACCCGUACGACGUUUUGGCCCCCAAGGCCGAGAUCGUCGUGGCCUCUCCAAAGGGAGGCGUCGCCCCCCUCGACCCCGGCUCGAUUGAGCCGUUCAAGAACGACAAGUCGUCCGUCGACUUUCUCGACAACCACAGGUCCGUCUGGGAAAAGACGACGCCCCUCAAGGAGUUUGUCGGUCGCUCGGGCGAGUUCGACGCGCUCUUCUACCCGGGCGGCCACGGCCCCAUGUUCGACCUCGUCACGGACCAAGACUCGAUCAAGCUGAUUGAGGAGUUCUACGGCGCCGGCAAGCCCAUUGCCGCCGUGUGCCACGGGCCCAUUGUCUUCCGGGACGCCAGGGCCAAGACGGGCGAGCCACUCCUCAAGGGCAAGAACGUCACGGGCUUCACCAACGCCGAGGAGGACCAGGUCCAGCUCAGCGCCGCCAUGCCGUUUCUGCUCGAGGACGAGCUGAAGAGGGUGGGCGCCAACUUUCACGCCGCCGACCAGCCCUGGGGGGAGAAGGUUGUCGUUGACGGCUUGAUCAUUUCCGGCCAGAACCCUGCUUCGGCGGCGGGCGUCGGCAAGGCCAUUGCCGAGGCCAUUGGGGCUUGA